CGAAGGGUUUGUGGCAGCAGUGGCUCGUGAAGAAUAAGCUGAAGAGAGAAAACUUCAAGAAGAGAAAAGGAAAGAGAGAGAUAUGGAGUGGGUGAGAGGAGCAAUGGUAGGGAGGGGCAGUUUUGGAACAGUGAAUUUAGCCACCGCUCUCAGCAAAGACCACAAACAGACUCUUCAGAUCAUGGCCGUGAAAUCAGCCGUCGUAUCCCAAUCGUCUUCUCUGCAAAACGAGAAGGAGAUCCUGAUGCAAUUACAAGACUGCCCUCAGAUCGUCCACUGCUUUGGCGACGAUCUGACCACAGAAAACGCCAAGCAAUUCUACAACCUGUUGCUGGAGUAUGUCGCCGGUGGGACUCUCGCCGAUCGGGUCAAGAAUUCUGGUGGUCGUUUGCCAGAAUCUGACGUCCGAUGCUACGCGAGAUCGAUUCUUGAAGGUCUGAGUUACAUACACGAGAAUGGAUUUGUUCAUUGCGAUAUCAAGCUCCAGAAUGUUCUUGUCGGUUCUUCUUCUUCCUUCGAUGUUAAGAUUGCCGAUUUCGGGCUGGCGAAGAAGGCCGGUGAGAAGACGGAAGGAGGAGUGUGGUUGCGCGGCACGCCUCUCUACAUGUCUCCGGAAUCUGUCGCCAGCGGCGAAUAUGAGGCGCCGUCGGAUAUAUGGUCCCUUGGAUGUGCGGUUGUGGAGAUGAUCACUGGCAAACCGGCGUGGAAGUGUGCGGUGGAUGCUGACAUCAGUGCUGUUCUGUUCCGGAUUGGUUUCGGCAACGAAUUGCCGGAGAUUCCCUGGGAAUUGUCUGAAGAGGGGAGGGAUUUCUUGAGCAGGUGCUUCGCAAGGGAUCCAAACGUAAGAUGGACAGCUGAGAUGCUCUUGAAUCAUCCAUUUGUCGCAAGGGAGGCGAAGAAAGGGGAGGAGGGGAAAUCGGCCGACAAUUCAACGGUGUCUCCAAGGAGUGCUUUCGAUUUCCCUCAAUGGCGUUCACUUCAAUCUUCUUCUAAUUCUAUCAGGUCAUUGGCAGAGUCUUGUGCCCUUUCUGGAGGGGAAUUCGACCAAAUCAUGAAUUCCCCUUCUGCUCCGGUGGACCGGAUUCAGCAGCUGGUGACGCAGCAACGGCCAGAUUGGUCGUGUUGGGAGGACAGUUGGGUCACAGCCCGGCGAGCGGAUUCCUCUGUCUUUGAGUUCAGUGAUGAUGCAAAUGAGGAGGCAGAAGUUCACAUGAUUGGGAACUCCAUUUGUCGAAGAGGUGAUUCUUUGCUCGUGUUAGAAGACAUGUUGGGAGAUAGAAAGAGAAAGGGGAUUUCAGACAUGGAGGAAUUCCCUGCAACUUCAAGGUCCAAAAUCGAUGCAUUCGAUCCCUUUUCUUCGCCACCAUCAACGUCAUUACCCCAAUUUACACAUGGGUCAGAUGGAGAUGGAAAUGCUGUUCCCGUCGCGAAUUCUGCAAUUGAAUUGGGUCGGGGAGUAAGGAGUGGUAGAAGCUGUGAGCACUUUGGGAGUUGUAGGUGUAGUUUUAUUGCUUGCAAGAUAAAUGUUGGGUCUGAUUUCUUGUCAGAAUUUGGGGAUUUCAAUUGUUCUGAUUAUUACAUUACAAAUCAAUACAAAGAGAGUAAUUUCCUCUAAGAUUUUCUGCUUUUGGGUAUCUCAUUAUAGUUCAUUUUGGAUU